AUGGCAGAAGAAAACGAACACGAAAAAUCACAGUUAGUUACACAGAUUUGCGCCAUAUCAUCUCGUGCAAUUGACUGCGCAAAAUUUCACAGCCCAAUUGCUGAAAAAUCGCCAUUUAUAAACUGGUAUCUCGUGCUUAGAGCAUAUUUAUGGCUAUCAGACAAUGCAAGAAGAGCAGCAUUUGAUUCAGAGAGGCAAAAAACCAUUCCCUGCCCCAAAUGCAACAACACCAACCCUAAUAACACUAAUAAUAACCUUAACCCCCCACACAAAAAUUACACUCACAAAGAGAUAUCGAGGCUCGUCCGCUUCCAAAUCCGCAUGAAAGAGCUUCGUAACAAACUCAAAGACGAGGCCAACGUCAUCGAGAAGUGUCUGUUAUUAACAGCGUCAACAAGAAGACAUCUCGCCAAAACUGCAUACGUCGCAAAAACCGAGCUGCCAGUUUUCAAUCCUGCCGAUUAUUAUUGCACUCCAAACAGGACAACAAUAAUCAAUCACGAGAGGAUGGAGAUUUUAAGGGCCGGAUUUAGAAUGGGAAAUAAUACUAAUAGAUGCAUAAAUAUUGAUAAAGGGGUCGAGGGGUCCCCGGUUUUUCAGUAUCGACCCAGAAGAAUGCCGUUUAUGUCUGGAAACUGUUGA